UCUGAUACUUUAUCAUCGUGUCAACAUCUCCUUGCUCAUGUUUCAUUACAAACUUUUGUAUGGGUUAUUGGUUCUCUGGCCUUUUUUGGCAACAUUAUGGUUAUUGCACGAAAUCAAUUUCUUAGACAAAAGACUAAAAAGAAAGUUCACAUAUUCUUAAUCAAUAAUCUAGCACUAUCCGAUUUUAUCAUGUCUAUAUAUUUAUUCAUAAUUGCGACCGCUAAUUUAAUUUAUAGCGGCCAAGGUCAAUACGGUCUACAAUCUGAAAAUUGGCUACGAAGUGGUCUAUGUGUAGCAUCCUGUGUUUUUGUGACUACAUCAAGUAUUGUAUCUGUGUUUCUAAUGGUAAUUAUCAGUAUCGAUAGAUUUAUCGCUAUCGUUUAUGGGAUUAAAGGAAAAAAAUUGAGCAGGUAUACAGCUCAAAUGAUCACUGGUAUGGCAUGGCUAAUAGGCUUUGCAUUUGCAAUUGUGCCAGCACUAUUCAGUAUCGAUAAACCUGGUCCUGAGCGAUUAUAUACCUAUAAUAGCAUGUGCAUGCCAAGCAAUUAUGAGCACCCUCUAUAUCGCAUCUGGAUGAUAUCCUAUAUAACCACGACUAUUAUUGCUUGGAUAAUUACUUCUUCACUUUAUAUUGGAAUGUUUAUCUCAGCCCAAAAUACCCGUAAAGCAGCCGGAAGAUCACCUACUAAGGAAAACAAAUCACUCGCAUGGCGUCUAUCGGUCAUACUGUUAACCGAUUUAAUUAGUUGGGUACCUUAUUAUGUAGUUAACAGUUAUGCUAUCUUUAGCAGCGACGGUGUUGAUGUUGUUACAUUACAAUUUGUUGGUAUUUUUGCAUUGCCUGUUAAUUCAGCCCUUAAUCCAUUCCUAUAUACCUUU